AUGCUCAAACUCCCACCCGACCACACCGCCACAACCCCCCUAAUCAUGGGCCACGAAAUCGCCGGCCGCAUCAUCACCUCGAACAACAACUACCCCGCCCUCCCCCCCGGCACCCCCGUCCUCAUCGACCCCCGCCUCAUCUGCUCCACCUGCCCGCAAUGCACCGCCUUCUCCUCCUCCGCCGCCCCUGACGAGGACGAGGACGAUAGCGACAACGAACCGCAAAGCCAAGGCUGCGCCGCCGGCCUCUCCUUCGUCGGCUUCAGCACCGCCGUCAAAGGCGGCGGUUUCGCGUCGCGCGUCGCGGUCAAAGCGAAUGCCGUGCACGUGUUGCCGGAAUGGAAGGGGAAGGGGAAGGACGGGGAGAAGAAGAAAGACUUGCUGGCGGACGCGGCGCUGGUCGAGCCGUUGGCUGUGGCGUGGCAUGCGGUGAAGAGGGCGGGGGUGCUGGAGGUGCCGGGGUGGGUUGGUGGGGAGAGCGGGGGGAAGGGGGAGAGGAGCAAGAAGGGGAAGAAGAAAAAGGCAGCGAAGGAUGUGGCCGUGUUGAUUGUUGGUGGGGGACCGGUUGGGGUGGCGGUGGCGUAUGUGUUGAGGGCGUGGGGGGUGGGGACGGUGGUGGUGAGCGAGCCGGUGGCGGGGAGGAGGGAGCAUGUUAGGGGGUUGGUGGAUGUGGUUGUUGAUCCGGUGGCGGAGAGUGUGGUGGAGAAGUGUAAGGAGGUUACGGGCGGGCGCGGGGUGGAUGUGGUGUUUGAGUGUGCUGGGAGUCCGAGGGUGGUUGGGGAUGUGUUUGGGAGCUUGGCGUGGAGGGGGGUGGUUGUGGUUGUGUCGUUGUGGGUGGGUGAGAUACCCGUGCCAUUCCCGCCGCUGAUGUACAAGGAGAGUACACUCACCUCGUCUUGUGCGUACAACGAGAAAGAUUUUGCAGAAGUGGUUAAAGCAUUCGCAGAAGACAGAUUUGAGGGUGUGGAUCGCAUGAUAACGGCACGUAUAUCUUUGGAGGAUGUUGUACAGAAAGGUUUUGAGGAGCUUCAAAAGCCAGACAAUACCCAUUUGAAAAUUCUGGUCACCCCAAAACCCCUCAAAAUUACGUAA